AAUGGAGGUUACAGACUCAUCCUGUGGUAAAAAGAACAGCAAGGGUGGAGAUGACACAAAGAAGGGAUCACCAGACAGAUUAGCUGGGGGACGAAGGAAGUUACUCUCUCCAAUGAGAAGAUUUGCAUCAUCAGGCCAUGCUGGAGCAUUCCGACUAGUGUCUCCAAUAGACAGUGAUCAGGAACUGAAUGACCUGGAGGUGGCCUCAGUGCUGGCAGAAGGGAAUAAGGAAAGUUCAGAUUGUGUCUCCCCUACAAAAUCAAAACGUCAUGAAACACCAUUUCGUCCAACAACAGUGAUGACAAAUCUUCAACGAGGCAAUGUUCAGACCACUACGCCUUUAAUACUGAAGAAUUUGACAAUCCAUCAGCUUGCUGCCCAGGGUGAAUUGGUCCUACUUCAACAAGAAAUCUCUGAAGGAACAGAUAUCAACAAGCCUGAUGCCGCUGGCAUGACAGCCUUACUGUGGGCCAGCGCCAAUGGUCAACAGGCCACUACAGAGUUCUUGGUGGAUAAAAAUGCUGACAUCAAUGUGUGUGGGAAACAUGGUGAAAAUGCACUCUUGUUGGCAUGUUCAGGAGGAUACACUGACAUUGUCUACUACCUCCUCAGUCUAGGCCUCGAUGUCAACUACAGUGAUGAGUCUGGUAGCACUGGACUGAUGUAUGCCUGCUACAGGAAUCAUACAGGUUGUAUACAGGCCCUCCUGGAGUAUGGAGCUGAUAUUACACAUACAAAUGAAGACCAGCUCACUGCCAUGGAUCUAGCAGUGGGUCAAGGUCAUAAAGCAGCCCAGCAAACCAUUGAACAACAUAUCCUGUCUUUGUUUGGGAGCUCAGCCCAUUAUAUACCAGAAAAACUAUGAUCAUUGAUAGACUGGUUGGAUGAGUGAAUACUCUGGUUCCAAAAAUAAAUCUAUGUGAAGUUUCCCAAUCCAUAGGGAAUCCAGAUGGAGGAUGCUAAACCUCUCCAGGUUAACAGGUAAAGGCAUUCCAACAAAGGAUAUCGAUACCUCAACAGGUUAACCAGUUAAGGGGUCACAAUUAAGGAAGCCAAGCCUCAUUAAGGUUUAUGGGUUAGGAAAUCCCAAUGAA